ACUGCACCGUUACGACCUCGCGUGCCUGUUAACCCUGCACAGUGGAGGUCUGGGGUUCCAGAAUCGUUUAUACUAAUAAGGCCACACAUUUUAUUAACCAACGAGACAAUGGGUACCUUAAUCGAGGAAGAACAUUGGCAUAAGUGUUUAAAAACGAAGUUCCCAGAGAAAUACCUUGCCUGGUGUUAAGUGGGCAAUUUAGGAUGUUGCAUAUCGAGGAACUUCGUGAUUUGGGCUCUACAGAUUACCCUGAACUGUUGGGGUAGUGAAACGAAGGUUACGAAAGUAGGACAGAAGGGGAGAUGCCACGCUUUAUGCUUGCUUCGUUGCUAGGGUACCCGACUACAUGUGUGCACAACAAUGCACUGCACAGCUGUACAUACACCUUCACCUGUUGGAUAGUUGGCGGACAGCUCACCAAGGGCUGCAGCGAAGGGGGUGGAGGAGGGCUGGACUUAAUGGCAGACCUCCUGUUCACAUGCUGUGUGCCCAUGACAUCAACUGCUGCUGCAGUAAGUCAGGUUCUGCCAAUCCGCAGAGAGGAUAUCGAUCACAGAAACAACGAGAUCCUGGGUGCCUCCAGAACAGAGUGUGGAGUGCCAAGGAUUACCCUGCAGAAGAGGAUCAUUGGUGGAAACGAAGCGUACUUUGGGGAGUUUCCGUGGCAAGCACACAUCCGCAUUGCAGGGUACCAGUGUGGGGGUGUGCUGGUCAGCAGGUGGUAUGUGGCCACUGCAGCACAUUGUAUUCACAGAGCACGUCUAAAGGAUAUAACAGUGUAUCUAGGGGAGUACGACACACAGAACACGGGUCAUUACAUGGAACCACUGCCAGAAGAGAUCCUGAGGGUUGUACACAAAAUAAUCCACCCAAACUUUCAGUACAGAAUCACACAGCCCGACAGAUUCGACCUGGCACUACUCAGAUUAUCUCGACCAGUCAGCUACCGCGAAAACAUCCUGCCCAUCUGCCUUCCACGACAUGAUGCGUCAUUCUGGGGGCAGGUGGGUGUGGUAGCAGGCUGGGGCAAGACAGACACCACUUAUGGUAAGACAGGGACCAACAUACUGCAAAAGGCAACGGUGCCUAUUCUGAGCGAUGCAGAGUGUCUGCAGUGGCAUGACCACAAAAAUAUCAACUUGGAGUUGCACUCUGAGAUGUUUUGUGCUGGCCACAGUGAUGGUCAUAUGGAUGCCUGUCUGGGGGAUUCUGGUGGACCAUUAAUUGUGCAGCAAGAUGGCAGGUGGGUGCUGGCUGGUAUCACAAGUGCUGGGUUUGGAUGUGCAGUGGAUCACCAGCCAGGGAUCUAUCAUAAGGUGGCAGACACGGCUGGAUGGAUUGCAGCACAUAUCAACGUGUGACUACCUCAGGCCAGCGAGAGGAAACACUGCAAUGACAGCACUCAGGGCAUAUUCUGGAAAUGAACCCAAAGAUUCAGAAACUGUUUAAAGAAAUUUAAAUGUUACAAUUUUUUAACUGGAAAUCAUGUUUCAACCUUGUUUCCCAUACAUAUGGGACAUACCAUACAAAAUGCAACCCAACAAAAUUACAUAGUGCAGUAAAAAAAGUAAAUCUGUCCAGCUACACGCCAUGUAGGCGCUUGGGAGGAGAGGUGGUAUAGUUCCUACUCCAGCGAAAAAUUUAUUUUAGAAGGUAUACCCAUGUAAUAGAUUCUCCCAACCUCUCCUGUGACAUUCAAGUUAAGGUCAUCCUGGUUUCUAGGCUGCUGCUCAUGACAGCUGCACAAAAGCUGUGCAGACGUAAACACACUGUAUUCAAAAAAACUUCUUUCUGUGGAGAUUACUCAAAAAAAAAGGUUCAUUCAAAUAAACGAAACACUUGGAGAAACUGAAAAACAAUUUUAACUAGACUGUUGCCAACACUGACCCAUACACACUAUGCAAAGUCACAUGAAACACUAAAAAGGAUGAAUGUGUGUCUUCAGGAAGGUGGUGGACAUUUUCAGCAUCUACUGUAAAGCUGUUCUGUAAGUUUUUUCUAAAAAAUAUGAACUACAAAACAACUCAUUUGUCUUGUUCUAUUAAUAGCACCAAAAUUUGCACACACUGUUGUAAUUAAGGUUGCAUUUUAAAUGGAAAACAUGUUUUAAAGCAAACUUAAGUUUGAUCAAUAUUUAGAGUUUUAGUUAUCACUAUUCCCGAAAACCAUUUAUAAACAUAGUUGGUUUACAAUGUUUAGUGUUCACUAACAAAACUUAAAAGUGGGAGGCUGUGAAAGGAUAGAAAUGUAGAUAAUCUGAAGGAGAUAUGAAAUUCAUAAAGAAAUUUAUCUGGGAAAUAUGAUAUAAAAUGGCCACUUAGAAGACUAAAAAGGUGAGGGGACAAUACUAUGAUGAAUAUUAGAGAAUAAUCUCCUAAAGAAAUUAUUCAGCAGUGUUCAAAACAAGAAAAAAUCUUGAUAUAGGUACUGACUUCAGUGGACAUCUUGUAUUACAUAUCGCUACAUCUACAUAUAACACGUAAUUGUUAUAUUAACCCUUAUUGUUCAGGAAAAGGCAAUUUAAACUCCCAUCCUACAGGCUUGCCAAUGAGAUUUAACUAUGUGGUUAAUGUUUUAACACUAUGCUAAUGUAAGAAGUGACACAAGGAUUAUAAAGGUUAAACCAUUUAUAAUUAUCUAAAUGUUUAAGAAUGUUAUUUUGCCUUCCCAAAACAGUUUAAAAAAUGCACUUUGUUACUGAAGGAAUUACUAUAAUGCCCCAACUUGUCCCAUAUAUUUUAACAUCAUCUGUAGAGUGCCAUAAGUACAAAGUCUGGGCCCUGAACUGUUAAAGCCUACCUAUUAUAUCACACUGACUAGACAACAAGCAGUUCAAUCUCGAACCAAGGUUUUGGAACCGCUACUUCAAUAAUAUUUACACAGCUAAAAUACAAAUAUAAAGUAAUACUUUACAAUGCUUGAAUAUAAUUUCGUUAAAUACAAGUCACUGUUAUAUCACCAGAAUUUGGGUUGCAGGUUGCAGGUUCAUAUCUUUCUAACAGUAAAAUUUGGACUCAGUGAUAGGUGUAGGAAUGAAGUUAGAUGAGGUUUGCUGUUUCCAUUAUUCUAAAAAUCUUCUGGUGAAACUGGUGGAGUUUCAAUUAUUCUAAAUAUUAGACGUAGCUAUUCUUACAAUGGUUGAUCGUAGCUGGGAAAUAUUUUACUUUCAAUUUAUUGCAUGCUUCUACCAGCAAAAGAUCACAAUUGUGAAAGAUGGUGCACGUUAAAUCAGUCGCUGAUUGGCAGUAUAUAAAACAUGAGAGAGUCAUAAAAAUCUGUUUAAACAGUUUGCUUUUAGUCCAGCCAAGUGUCAGGUUAGCAACUGACAUACGCUAUAUAGUCAAUAUUGUAUAAAACUGCUAUUUCAAAUGUAAAGAGAAAUGUAACCCUAAUUUUAAAUGUAGCAGAAGAUAAUUUUAUAUUUAAAAUGUAAAUUAAUGACUGACAGAAAGAACUGGUGCAUGAAAAAUAUGUAUUUCAUUAAGAUAUACAACUUUAAUUUUGUGUUAUUUGUUUUAUAAGAAAGCAUGAUUUUGUGUUUCAUUUCAUCAUUCACUCGUUCCUGGUUUAUUUAAGACACUUUUAACAGAUUAUAUAAAGGUAUCAAAUAACAGGAUAAUCAGUUAAUAAUGAAUUGGAAUGGAUGUGAAAGGAAAAGGUCAUGGCCUAAUUUAAGAUACUAUUUGAGAGACAGGAAAAGCAUGAAAGCCCUCAAUUAGGGUACUGUCUCUGACACAAUAUUUGAACCUGGUACCACCUAAAUAUGAAGAAGUACUAGCCACCUGACCAAAUGUUUAAUACAAUUCUAUGCAUUGUAAUGUCUUUCUCAUCAUUAUCUUUGUAAUUGGUCUAUUCAGUGUGAAUGGUAUGUCUGCUGAGCUAAAAUGGCAUACAUGGGUAGGUCUUUGUGUCAAUUACUUGACAGUUGUGCCCAGGAAUUCUCCGUAGUUCAAGGCAGAGCAGUGUAGAAGAUAGACAAAUGAAGCACAAAUGAGUUGCAAUAUUUGGGUUAACCAAAAACAUCAGCACACAGAAUUAUGUAAUUUCACUCUUGCAGCUUCCUCAGAUCCACUGACUGAUCUCAUUUCUGUGUACUGGAUAGAUGCACCAUUAUCUUCCUAAUUUAUUACUUAUUAAUAAUGUAUUAUUUACUGCAAUUACUUGUUAUUCAUUAAUAAACUCUAUAAAUUGUUUAA